UCAGUGAAUCUUCUUGAGAGAGAAGCAAAUAUGCUGAGGAAGCUGCUGCUUCGAACGUCCGCCGCCCGGCGAUCUCUCUCCGGCGCCGGCGCUUCAGGUUCCCGCGUCCUCCCCGACCGACGUCCUUCUCCGUCGCUCUCCCCGUCGCCUCGCGGGCCCGCCUCGCGCUUCUACGCGUCCGCCUCGUCUCAAGUCCCGGGCGGGACUUUCGUCGAACACGUGGACGACGGCGGCGCGGACGGUCCCACUUCCCGACCUUCCGCCGCCAUCUCCGUCGACCGCUCGGCUCUCUGCAAUCCUCCCGAGCAUUCCCAUGAACCGACUGCGGACUCUGAGCUCGUUAAGCACCUCAAGGGCAUCAUCAAGUUUCGUGGUGGGCCAAUUUCAGUUGCUGAGUACAUGGAGGAAGUUCUGACUAACCCAAAAGCUGGAUUCUACAUCAACCGUGAUGUUUUUGGUAUGGAAGGUGACUUUAUAACCUCUCCUGAAGUAAGUCAGAUGUUCGGUGAGAUGAUUGGCGUUUGGACCAUGUGCAUGUGGGAGCAGAUGGGACAACCAAGUAAAGUCAACCUUGUUGAGUUGGGUCCAGGACGAGGAACCCUCAUGGCCGACCUGCUUCGUGGUACAUCAAAGUUCAAACAUUUCACAGAGGCACUCCACAUACACAUGGUGGAGUGCAGUCCCACAUUGAGGAAACUCCAGCAUAGCAACUUGAAGUGUAUCGAGGGGGAAAAUGUAUCGCAAGAUGUUGGACACAGAACUAUUAGCACUUUGGCAGGGACUCCGGUAACGUGGCAUGCUGCAUUGGAGCAGGUUCCAUCAGGAUUGCCAACUAUCAUCAUUGCACAUGAGUUUUAUGAUGCUUUACCAAUACACCAGUUUCAGAGGGCCUCUCGCGGCUGGUGUGAGAAAAUGGUGGAUAUUCAGGAAGAUUCAUCGUUCCGCUUUGUUCUCUCUCCACAGCCCACUCCUGCAAAUCUGUAUCUGAUGAAACGUUUCCAGUGGGCCGCAGAUGAAGAGAUUGAAAAGCUUAACCAUAUUGAGAUCUGCCCCACAGCAAUGGACUUGACACAGACAAUUGCUAAGAGAAUAAGUUCUGAUGGAGGUGGGGCUCUUAUAAUUGAUUAUGGUCAGAAUGGAGUGAUCUCGGAUAGUCUGCAGGCAAUUCGGAAACACAAGUUUGUCGAUAUACUGGAUGAUCCUGGUUCAGCUGACCUCAGUGCAUAUGUUGAUUUUGCUGCCGUCAAGCACUCCGCUGAGGAAGCAUCAGAAGAUGUCUCAGUUCACGGUCCAAUCACGCAAUGUCAAUUCCUUGGCGCUCUUGGGAUAAACUUUAGAGUCGAGGCGUUGCUACAGAACUGUACCGACGAACAAGCAGAAUCUUUAAGGGCCGGGUACUGGCAACUGGUGGGUGAAGGAGAGGCACCAUUCUGGGAAGGGCCCGACGAACAGGUUCCAAUAGGGAUGGGCACUCGGUACUUGGUGACGGCUAUUGUGAACAAGAAACAAGGAGCUCCCAUUCCAUUUUCUUAAUUUCUAGACCACAUGGAAUUCACUGGUUCGAGCUAGAAACUGUAGUGGUGAUUCUAGUCCUGAAACUUUUGACCCUUGUACCCACCUUGCAAUCUACUCAUGGCUGAUUAUCUAUCUACCUUUGAAUUGAGUGCA